GCCCCAACACACAUACACACACACACACACAAAGAAGAAGAUAAACCAUGUCGGAUGCGGAUAUUUUACUUUUGACAUUAGAGGUGGAAGCUGCGGCUGCCCGGAAUGCGAAUUUGUCGUUAGCGCUCGAAAGGGUGGAAUCACAACUUCGGGGCCGUAGUGGUGAUAUGGUUGAUGGCAAUCGCAAUAAUGGCGAUCGGCCGCGUUUGGGCUCUUCGACAGUUUCCUCAUUUUUACCUAUUACGACCUCCUCUGUAAGCACUCAAACCACACGCCUUUACUCUGAGGGCGACAAAGCUGAAAUCAGGCAUUCACUCAAAAGACUCAAUGAAGUAUUUCACGAUGUUGAGGAAUGUAUGGCUUUUUUGCAACCUUCAGAGGGGGUUUUCAUGCCUGGACGGCGAGUUCGAUCGGACCAUCCCACUAUCGAAAAAGCCGUCUGUGAGAUCACAUCAUCUGUCAAAGAUCUCAGAGAGACGUGCAAGGCACGCAUAACAAGCCUUGAAGGAGACAACAUUAAAUUAAAAAAGGUCGUUGACGCCCAACGCAAGCAAAUAAAAAAUGAUGAUUUAAUUCACAAGGAGCAAAUGAAAUCUUUUGAAAAGAAAUUACUGAACCUUCAGGCCAGGUAUGAUUUGCUUGAGAGCAAACAGACUCAUUUUACCAAACCUGACUUCUCGCAUAUGCUGAGUGAAAAUGAACAGCUAAAAGUACAGAAUGAGGCUCUGACCAGCGCUUUAACUAAGCUCCAGCACGAAAUAACCUACGCUAUUCCAAAAAGUGUUAAUCUCGGUCCACAAAACUUUUGAUGAGUCAAAAAUCUGCCCAACCAGGGAAAAGUUGCCUGUGUUUGUAU